CGGGAUGGUUAAGUGUUCGAGAGAGCUUCUUCACCGCUUCCAUCCAUAUAUAAUGUACGGGCACGACUAUACAUAAGUUGCCUGCCUUGCCGUGUCUUCGUAGAAACUGCCUUAGAUUCACUGAAUCACUGUGUGCUGCUCUUCUCUCCAUCUCUCUCUCUCUCUCUCUCUCUCUCUCUCUCUCUCCGUCAAUCAGCUCCGUUGACUGAGUUUUCUUCUCCUUUCCAAACCCGUCUAUUAUAUAUCGCUGGUUCAGCAAGCCAUCCGCCUCGGCUCAGGCUUCUCUUUGUCGUCGUUGUCUUCUUCUUCUCGUCUACGUCUUAGUUCCUGAUUUCUUAUUCUGUGCUUAAUAUUUAUUGUUUUUCAAUCUUCGUUCUGCAAUUACCGUCUCAUUUCCUGGUCAAAUCACUGAAGUUCCGAAAACAUGAAGAAGGUGGUGCUGAAGUUGGAUUUACAUGAUGACAAGGCCAAGCAGAAGGCCAUGAAGGCAGUCUCUAGCCUUGCAGGAAUUGAUUCCAUCGCCAUGGACAUGAAAGAGAAGAAACUGACAGUCGUCGGAGACGUGGAUCCCGUAGACGUGGUGAGCAAGCUACGCAAACUCUGGCACACGGAUAUAGUUUCUGUAGGGCCUGCGAAAGAGCCUGAGAAGAAGAAAGAGGAGCCCAAGAAAGAGGAGCCCAAGAAGGAGGAACCCAAGAAGGAAGAACCCAAGAAAGAACCCAAGAAAGAUCCUGUAGAGCAGCAGAUCCAGAACCUGGUCAAGGCCUACCAGGCUUAUAAUCCCCACAUGACCACUCACUACUAUGUCCAGAGUGUGGAAGAGAAUCCAAAUGCUUGUGUUAUUUGUUAAUUCUUAGAUUUUUUAAGGAAGGGAAAAGGAACAAUCCGAGACUUAAUGGAUUCGAAAUUCCGAGUGUAUUGUCGACGGCGAUAUCUGAGGCGAGAUACCCAGAACAGGGAGGCUAAUAUGUACAGUUUUAAUGGUGGGAUUAUUGGUUUUCAUUGUUCACCCUGUUCAGGGUUGUGUAAUGUAUAGAGAGACUAGAUAGCAUAAAUAAAUUUUGGAAUGAAUGAAUUUGUUAGUAGGAAUUUUCUA